AUAUGCAUAUCGGGUGGUUGGCUAGGUCCAAGUCCUAGUCGGUGGAGCAGCCCAUCUGUGGGGGCGACCCUUCCUCCCUCCCACCCCAUUCAGCGUCCUUGUGCUGGGCCAGUGGACUGAGCUUGUGGAGGCACCCUAGGGCCUGCAAUGAGUGCCCUGGACCUGGCCCGGGUGGGCGCUUGUGUCCUCAAGAACGUAGCGACAGGGGAGGCCGUGGAGCUAAGGAGCCUGUGGCAGGAGCAUACUUGCGUGGUUCUGGGGCUUCGGCGCUUCGGUUGCAUGGUGUGUCGCUGGAUCGCCCAGGAUCUCAGCAGCAUCAAGGACCUCCUGGAUCAGCACGAGGUGCGCCUGGUGGGCAUCGCCCCGGAGACCCUGGGCCUGCAGGAAUUUCAGGAGGGGAACUACUUUAAAGGAGAGCUUUAUCUUGAUGAAAGUAAGCAGAGUUACAAGGAACUAGGAUUUAAGAGGUACAACAGCUUGAGCAUCAUCCCUGCUGCUUUAGGGAAGCCAGUCCGGGAUGUUGCCGCCAAGGCAAAGGCCAUUGGCAUCCAUGGUAACUUGUCCGGUGACCUGCUGCAAAGUGGAGGGAUGCUAAUUGUCAGCAAAGGUGGUGACAAGGUGCUGCUGCAUUUCAUCCAGAGCUCGCCUGGGGAUUACGUUCCCCUGGAAACCGUCCUCCAGACAUUGGGCAUCUCUGCAGAUGCCCGCUCCAGCGAGAAGCCUCAGUGCACUGAGGAUGUGUGCACGAGAUGACGGGCACUAGGCCCGGAAACUCCUGUAGACUGUCUCCUCCUCCUGAGUUUCUUCCACGAGAGGGUCAGACUGAAGAGCCCCUUCACAGGAGGCAGGGGUAGAGCCAAGAUCUGCCUGUGAGCCAUCCAUGACCCAUGAAUGCUAUUAAUUAAAAUUGGGUUAUCAAAUGAA